AUUUUAUCAUUAAUCAUUCUUACUUUAAAAACUAGCUUAAACAUGGGUGGUCAAAUUAGCAGAGAAGAUUUCGAAUGGGUAUAUUCCGAUCAACCACACUCUGAUCGUCGAAAGAAAAUGUUGAAAGAAUAUCCACAAAUAAAAUCAUUGUUUGGCUAUGAUCCUCAUUUCAAAUAUAUCGUAGCUGCAAUGGUGGCUGCACAGGUUGUUGCUUGUUACUUAAUUCAAGAUCUUCCUUGGAUAUGGGUUAUUUUCUGGGCCUAUGUAUUUGGAGGAGCUGUGAAUCAUUCGAUGACACUUGCAAUUCAUGAUAUAUCACACAACACAGUAUUCGGAACUAGCAAAGCGAAAUGGAACCGGUAUUUUGGAAUGUUCGCUAAUUUACCAAUUGGUGUUCCGAUGUCAAUAGGUUUCAAAAAGUAUCACGUUGAUCAUCAUCGCUUUCUUGGAGGUGAUGGAUUAGACACGGAUAUCCCUACUGAGUGGGAAGGUAGAUUUUUCUCAAACAGUCCAAUGAAAGUGUUGUGGUUGAUAUUGAACCCAUUUUUUUACGCACUUCGUCCCAUGUUGGUAAAACCAAAGCCAAUGACCCUUCUUGAACUCCACAAUACAAUAUUUCAGCUAGCUUUCGAUGGCGCUAUUCUCUAUUUUUGGGGUGCGAAACCAGUUAUGUAUUUGCUUUCUGGAUCAAUCUUAUGUCUUGGACUUCAUCCGAUAGCUGGUCACUUUAUUUCCGAGCAUUAUAUGUUUUUGAAAGGCCAUGAAACGUAUUCUUAUUAUGGUUGUCUGAAUAGAAUCACAUUCAAUGUGGGUUAUCAUAUGGAACACCAUGAUUUUCCAGCAAUUCCUGGAUGCAGUCUUCCAAUGAUGAAAAAGAUCGCUCCAGAUUAUUAUGAUAACAUACCAACACAUGAUUCCUGGUGUCGAGUCUUAUACGACUUCAUCUUUGACCCCACGAUUGGACCACGUGCUAGGGUGAAGCGCUCUUUUGAUUCACAGGACAAGCUCAUCACUGCACCUGAAAAUAAAGAACCAGUGAAGAAAUCCAUGAAUGGUUUUACAAACCAUGAAGUUAAUGGUCACAUGGAGAAAUAUCUCAGUGAUGGAAUUACACGACGAAUGAUGUCAGACAUGCACACAAAGCUGGGGUUUACGAAGAGAAACGUACAAUAUAGUGUUUGAUAGGUUCUUAAUACUGUAAUUGAUUAUGUAUUGAUUUGCACUCUUAUUUUAUCAUUUCACAAAAGAUUAUAAAUAUUAAAUGGUUGCAUUUUAUAAUUUUUUUUAAUCACACAAAUUUAUAUAUUUUAAAUAAUUAAAGCUCAUGGCAUCGCCUAACCAAACAAAUAGCCUUCAUAUCUGAAGCUUUUCUUGUCUUUUCGACCUCUAUAUUCUAUGUGUCUGAGUGUCUCUUUGAAAAAAAAAAUUUAUUUAAAUCUGGCUGAAGAUAAGAAGAGACCUUUUUCAUAAAUAUUAUGCAACAAGCUGAUUUAGGAAAUUGUUUUAAAUCUGCUUGCAAUGAAUCAUUUUAGUGAUUUCCAUUUGUCAACCUUACUUUUAAAAUAUUAUCCAAAUAAUAUAAUGAACCUCAAUUUUCUUUACAAAGAGUUGUAUUUGUAAUUAAACUAAUCUUGCCAUGAACAAGAACUAGGCAUUUUACUAUGUAUUUUUUGAAAAAUAAUGCAGUUUAUUCAAAUUAUAUAAUUGUGAAAUUACUUUGCAAUUUAUGCAAACUUUAAAACCUUUACUUGAAAUAUGAACCUACCAAAGUUGUAUUUCAUGCAUAUCAUUGGAAAAAUGCCUCUUCGUGUUCAUGGAGCAAACCCUUUUACAUUUUCAUUAUUAUAAUUUUCACUAAAUGUUGUUGCGUGGUAGAGCCAUACAUGUGAAGCUAGAACCAGAAAAGAUGGACAGAGUAAAUGAAGCCAGAAAUAUAUAAAUAUUAAACAUUUUUGUGUAUUUUGAAUUUCAAUCUGUACCAAAAAUCGUAAUGCAAAAUGCUUGCAAAGAUUACGCCCGAAAAGGGUUGACUGGCUUUUUUCCGGCAUCCAUCAUAUUUUUUUUGUUAUGACAGCUUCCAGAGAUAUGAAACCUUGCAGUAAUUAUGGUUUAAUUUGUGAUAGAUAAUAAAUGUAUUGUAACUGA